AUGGAAGAAAGUGAAUUGGGGGAGAGGGAAAACACUGUGCUCACACCCUUUGAAAAAGUCAUUUAUGAUAUGAGGAACAAUGAAAAAGUAAAAAAUGAACAGAUACUUGGAAAAAGAGUUGGAUUUUACCAGCUCCGUGGACAGAUUGGCAUUGGGAACUUCUCGAAGGUGAAGCUUGGAAUACAUUGCUUGACUAAAGAAAGGGUAGCAAUUAAAAUAAUGGAUAAAAAGCACCUAACACACAAGAGACGGGACCUGUUCAUAAAUGAAGUUCUAUGUAUGGAGCAACUUCAUCAUCCAAAUAUCAUCCGGUUAUACGAGGUGCUGGAGACACAUACUCGGCUCCACCUGGUCUUGGAGUACGCAGAAGGAGGGGAUCUGUUCACCAAGAUCUGCACACAGGGACGGCUCUUGGAACAUGAGUGUAAAUUUAUAUUUGUUCAGAUUGUAUCGGCUGUCAAACAUAUGCAUGAGAACAAUGUGGUGCAUCGGGAUCUGAAAGCAGAAAAUGUGUUUUAUUCAGCCACUAACCAUGUGAAGGUGGGUGAUUUUGGAUUCAGCGUCCUGUGUCCUGUGAAUGAACCCCUAAAUAUGUGUUGUGGCUCUCCUUCAUAUGCAGCCCCAGAACUAUUUAGAGAGAAAGGUUACUUUGGAAUCCAUGUGGAUAUCUGGGCUUUAGGCAUCCUAUUAUACUUCAUGGUGACAGCGACCUUGCCCUUCCGUGCAGACACCGUCAAGAAACUAAAAAAAUGCAUCUUAUUGGGGUCAUAUGCAAUUCCACCAUACGUAUCAGAUAUCUGCCAGAAACUAAUCCAUGGAAUUCUGCAACCCAUCCCGACAAACCGCUACACCAUAGCCAAUAUCCUGGACUGUCAAUGGCUGAGGGGGAUGCAGUGUCCAGAACCAUACCAACCAUUUCACUUGAGCCCAGAGCACCUAGCCGGUCAUCUCACCCUAAGUGAAGAGGAAAGGGAAGUGAAGAAAGCAUUGAGUGACUUGGGGAUCACAGAGGAACACAUCUACAAUAACCAUGACUGGGAAUCCCACAAUCCUAUUACUGGGACUUACCGCAUUAUUCUACACCAGAACCAGAAAAGAUAUAAUCCAGCAGGCUUUGCCAUGAUGAGCAACGUACCCAGAGCCAAAAGGCCGAAUGGAAGAAAAAGGCAGAAUUUCAGAGCACGUGUACAGAACUCAAAAAUGUGUUUGGUUCUAUAA